CUGGCUCGGGCUGAAUGGAGGGAUGAUCGGGAGGGGCCGGGAGGGGGCUCCCGCUCUCCCACCCCUCUAGCGGGAGCGCCACGGCCCAGCCCCGGGACUGUGCCGGCGCCCUGGCACCCGAACACGUCGUCAGGCGGCUGGCCGGGGAUGGGUGCCCGGGCGGGGAAGGGAGGCGUUUGCCCGGGUUCUUGUCAGGGCCUGGGGGUGGGACUUGGGGACUGUACCCCCCAAGUGGGGGGUCCCCUCCGUCCCCGACGUGCUGUCUUCCGUUCUUUUCCUUGUGGGCCCAGGUGUUACCCCUGUCCUGGGGGUGGGGGUGGGGGACAUGGCAUCGCUGGGCUGGGCUGUCUGUCCAUCCGUUGGGACAGUGUUUCUCUGUGUCUCAGGAGCAGGGAGCAGGUGACCCUGUAGGCACUGUGAGUGGGAAGCCCUGGGGCUGAACCACCCCUGCAUCCCCGAAGGAAGACUUUGGGGCUUUGCUGAUGGCUUCUGCCUUCAAGGCCAGAGAGAGGCCCUCUCUAGGGACAGACCCCAACUUAAGGGGUCUGAGGAUCCCUUGGCAGACUCAGCCACCAGAAGCUGGUGUCCUUAAUGCCUCAAAGGUGUGAAGGAAGGGCUGGCGUCAGGCAUGCGGGGCCUGGAGGCCAAAGGGGCAGGGCAGCACCGUCCUGCCGCAAGCAGGCUCGGAAGGCCCACAGGGAGCCUGAGGGAGCCCAGAGGACCUGCGGGGAUGGGCAUAGGUUGGAAGGGCUGUGGAACGGGAGAAGCAGGGGCUCCAGGACUCACGAUGGGUGCUGGUGCUUGGGGCCGGGUAUGGAGGAAGCAGUCAGGUUUACUACGGCCAAAUUUGGUUGUGACCCUAAGGAAGGCACGUUCUCAGUAAAAGAGGCCCGAGUGCCUAAGAAUUUUGGCCCUUCGUGUGGGUCGCCGAUCCCUGGUGGCUGGCACAGCCCUCUGGGGGCUCUGGAAGUAGAUCAGUGGGUACCACUGAUCUUGUUAAAUGGGAGAGCAGUUGAUAGGGGAAAGGGGCUUCCCCGAGGCAGCCUGUCCUCCAGUCCCAGGAUCUCUGGGCUAACUUCCAAGGGGUCCCUAUGUUGGUCAGCCUAGUGACCAGUCCUAAUCUUGCUUCCUGCGGAGUCCCUUUUGAAAGGCCCAUCUAGGCGCGAGAGGGGCUAUACAGUUGGUUUUCUAUUUGGCCAACGUAGAGCUUCAGUUCUUGGGUGGCUGUGAACGCCACGGCCCCACUCCCAGGGCCCCAUCUUUGUCGGUAGGGAAUGGCUGGCCUGGGCUCCAUUCUGGGCCGCCACCCUGGAGGUGUGAGUGACAGGGUCAGGUGUGGCGGGGGAGGCAGACACACAGACAGGCAGGUCUCACUGCGGAGGCGAUGGGCAGAGACAGCUGGCUGGCUGCGGGUUAGGGUUAGACACAGUGCAGGGCAGGAGGGACCCGAGGGAGAAUCGGCAGUUCGAAGAGAUUCACCAAGCUCAGGGAUAGGGCUCCUCCCUCUUCCUGGAAGCAGCUGCACUCCUGGGAAUGAAGUGGGUGGUGCUCAAAUGGUAACAGGGGCACAGGGUAUGCAACCAUCACUCCCUAAUCUCCUUCCUGAUCUCCAGUCCCCAUCCCACUCACCCUCCACUCGACAGCCCCUCAGGCCCUCCCCAAACCCUCUUCUGGAAUCUGGACAAGUGAGGUUUUAAAAGUCUGAGGACCACUUCACUCAAUAUAUUUGAUGUCAUGUACAUCCAGGCUGAGCACUGACUUAGUGGCAAGGGAGUACACCUGCCUCAUGUCCCUCUCCAUGGCCCCCUGCGAACCCAGGCUUGUGACCUUACUGGGAUAGGGUGGGGAGUAGAGGCGUUCUGUAGGAUGGGACCAUCUCUGGUGAUUCAGGCGGACAGGAAGGGAGAGAUGGAUAUAAGAGGAAAUGCUGCUGCUUUUGACCUACCGAAGCCCUCUGGACCGCCCAUCUCCAGUUGAGCCUCGCUCCACCCCCCCAUCAGAGAAUCCUGCGCCCCGGGAUGCCGUCUGGAGCCCGGAUGCCCCACCAGGGGGCGCCCAUGGGCCCCCCGGGCUCCCCGUACAUGGGCAGCCCCGCCGUGCGACCCGGCCUGGCCCCCGCGGGCAUGGAGCCCGCCCGCAAGCGCGCAGCGCCCCCGCCCGGCCAGAGCCAGGCCCAGAGCCAGGGCCAGCCGGUGCCCACCGCCCCCGCGCGGAGCCGCAGUGCCAAGAGGAGGAAGAUGGCUGACAAAAUCCUCCCUCAAAGGAUACGGGAGCUGGUCCCGGAGUCCCAGGCUUACAUGGACCUCCUGGCGUUUGAGAGGAAACUGGAUCAAACCAUCAUGCGGAAGCGGGUGGACAUCCAGGAGGCUCUGAAGAGGCCCAUGAAGCAAAAGCGGAAGCUGCGUCUCUAUAUCUCCAAUACGUUUAACCCUGCGAAGCCCGAUGCUGAGGACUCUGAUGGCAGCAUUGCCUCCUGGGAGCUUCGGGUGGAGGGGAAGCUCCUGGAUGACCCCAGCAAGCAGAAGCGGAAGUUCUCUUCCUUCUUCAAGAGUUUGGUCAUUGAGCUGGACAAAGACCUUUAUGGCCCUGACAACCACCUAGUGGAGUGGCACCGGACGCCCACAACUCAGGAGACAGAUGGGUUCCAGGUGAAGAGGCCGGGGGACCUGAGCGUGCGGUGCACACUGCUCCUCAUGCUGGACUACCAGCCUCCCCAGUUCAAACUGGAUCCCCGCCUGGCCCGGCUGCUGGGGUUGCACACACAGAGCCGCUCAGCCAUCGUCCAGGCCCUGUGGCAGUACGUGAAGACCAACAGGCUGCAGGACUCGCACGACAAGGAAUACAUCAAUGGGGACAAGUAUUUCCAGCAGAUUUUUGACUGUCCCCGGCUCAAGUUUUCUGAGAUUCCCCAGCGCCUCACGGCUCUGCUACUGCCCCCUGACCCAAUAGUCAUCAACCACGUCAUCAGCGUGGACCCGUCGGACCAGAAGAAGACAGCGUGCUAUGACAUUGAUGUGGAGGUGGAGGAGCCGCUGAAGGGACAGAUGAGCAGCUUCCUCCUGUCCACGGCCAACCAGCAGGAGAUCAGCGCUCUGGACAGUAAGAUCCAUGAGACGAUUGAGUCCAUAAACCAGCUCAAGAUCCAGAGGGACUUCAUGCUAAGCUUCUCCAGAGACCCCAAAGGCUACAUCCAAGACCUCCUCCGCUCCCAGAGCCGGGACCUCAAGGUCAUGACAGACGUGGCAGGUAACCCUGAGGAGGAGCGCCGGGCUGAGUUCUACCACCAGCCCUGGUCCCAGGAGGCCGUCAGCCGCUACUUCUACUGCAAGAUCCAGCAGCGCAGGCAGGAGCUGGAGCAGUCGCUGGUUGUGCGCAACACCUAGGAGCCCUGGGAACAAGGCCUCCGCGCCCUGCCCUGUCCCCUAGGGUUCUGCCAUCACUCCUGAUGCCUUGCGGGUGAGGCGGGGGCUGGAUUAAAGGUCAUUCACCUGA